GUUUUUUGUUUUGGUUUUUCGUUUUUUCGCUGAUGCCAUGAAUGGAGGAGUCUCAGCCCACCCAGCCAGCAGAGGCAGCUGUCGGGGUGCCGGCGCAAGGAAAUGAGUUGCUGCAGGUGCGCGGGAAGGGCGCGCCUGGAUGCCGGCACCCGCUGGAGGGGGAGCUGGUGGUGGGCCGCAAGGGCCAUGUCCAGGUGGAGGACAAGCGGUGCUCCGCCAGGCACCUCCGCAUCUUCCAGGACGAGCACGGCUUCUUCCUGGAGCAGCUGGGAAUGAACGUGUCCUUCGUGAACGGCCUGCGCCUGCAGCAGGGGGACCGGCGCGCGCUGCGGAGCGGCGACGAGAUCUCGCUGGUGAACCCUUCGAACCCGAAGUCUCAGAAGGAGAUCGACCAGCCGCCGGCCGUCUUCAUCUUCCGCGCGGGGCCAAGCGAGGCGUUGGAGCGCCGGUCCUUGAAGCGGCCUUUGGAGGAGACCCACCUGGGAGGGACCCUUGGUGUGCUGGCACCGGAUUUGACAGAGGAGGAGAUUCAGGAGAGCUGGGACAUGCGAAGCGUGGUCUUGGGCAAGGGCAGCUUCAGCGAGGUGCGGCUCGGGGUGCGGGUGCGCGACGGGCGGAAGCACGCGGUGAAGGUGGUGAGCCGCCGCGUCUUCGAGAAGUUUCAGAGCUCCCGGAAGAGCCGGUUGUCUUUGGUGCACGAAGCGGAACUCCUGAAGAGCCUGGACCAUCCUCACAUUGUGAAAUGCGUCGAGUGGUUUCAGACCCACUCAAGCCUCUAUCUGGUUAUGGAGCUGGUGGACGGGGGAGACUUGUUGCACAACAUCCUCUCAGGCGGCGCUUUUGCGGAGGAGGACGCGCAGCGGCUGUUUCGGCCCAUCUGCGAGGCUGUGGCCUACCUGCACGAGAAGGAGGUGGUGCACAGAGACCUGAAGCCGGACAACGUGUUGCUCACAGAGAAAGACAGGGCCAAGUGCCUGCCAAAGAUCGCAGACCUGGGCGUGGCCUGGAAAAGUGCCGGGUCCGAAGACUCGCGGACGCUGUGCGGCACCCCCCACUACUUCGCCCCGGAGGUGAUCAAUGCUAAGCAUGGUGGCUAUGGGAAGAAGGUGGACGUGUGGAGCUUAGGCGUGGUGUUGUACGUCCUGCUGAGCGGCACGCCGCCCUUCGAGGAUGAAUGGCUCUACGAGCAGAUUGUGCAGGGGAAGCUCGGCGCGUUUGGGCAACCGGAAGUACGAGUUCGACGCCGAGGAGUGGGAGCAAGUCUCAGCCUCCGCGAAGGAUCUGGUGCGAUGCCUGAUGACGGUGGAUCCCAACCAGCGGCCCUGCAUCGGUGAAGCCUUGAAGCAUCCCUGGCAGCGGCUGGAGGGGGAAAA